AUGGCCGAGUCUGUGGAACGGCUGCAGCAGCGGGUCGAAGAGCUGGAGCGGGAACUGGCCCAGGAGAGAAGUCGCCGCGCCCUUGGGGGCGGCGACGGAGGAGGCGGUCGGGCCCGCAUUGCAAAUAUGAGCUCCGAGGUGGUGGAUUCCAACCCCUACAGCCGCCUGAUGGCUUUGAAACGAAUGGGAAUUGUGAGUGACUAUGAGAAAAUCCGUACCUUUACUGUAGCAAUAGUAGGUGUUGGUGGAGUUGGCAGUGUGACUGCUGAAAUGCUGACACGAUGUGGCAUUGGCAAGUUGCUACUCUUUGACUAUGACAAGGUGGAACUGGCCAAUAUGAAUAGACUUUUCUUCCAACCUCAUCAAGCAGGAUUAAGUAAAGUUCAAGCAGCAGAACAUACUUUGAGGAACAUUAAUCCUGAUGUUCUUUUUGAAGCACACAACUACAAUAUAACCACAGUAGAAAACUUUAAACAUUUCAUGAAUAGAAUAAGUAAUGGUGGAUUAGAAGAAGGAAAACCUGUUGACCUAGUUCUUAGCUGUGUGGAUAAUUUUGAAGCGCGAAUGACAAUAAAUACAGCUUGUAAUGAGCUUGGACAAACAUGGAUGGAGUCUGGGGUCAGUGAAAAUGCAGUUUCAGGGCAUAUACAGCUCAUAAUUCCCGGAGAAUCUGCUUGUUUUGCGUGUGCUCCACCACUUGUAGUUGCUGCAAAUAUUGAUGAGAAGACUCUGAAACGAGAAGGUGUUUGUGCAGCCAGUCUUCCUACUACUAUGGGAGUGGUUGCUGGGAUCUUGGUACAAAAUGUGUUAAAGUUUCUGUUAAAUUUUGGUACUGUUAGUUUUUACCUUGGAUACAACGCAAUGCAGGAUUUUUUCCCUACUAUGUCCAUGAAGCCAAAUCCUCAGUGUGAUGACAGAAACUGUAGGAAGCAGCAGAAGGAAUACAAGAAAAAGGUAGCAGCACUGCCCAAACAGGAGGUUAUUCAAGAAGAAGGAGAGAUAAUACAUGAAGACAAUGAAUGGGGUAUUGAGUUGGUAUCUGAGAUUUCAGAAGAGGAACUGAAAAAUUCUUCAGGUCCAAUCCCUGACUUACCUAAAGGAAUUACAGUGGCAUAUACAAUUCCCCAAAAGCAAGAAGAUUCUGUACCUGAAGUAACAGUAGAAGAUUCUGAAGAAAGCUUGGAAGACCUUAUGGCCAAGAUGAAGAACAUGUAA